AGUACAUAACUUGAUACAUGUAAUCACAAACGCCACGCAUACAAAGCGAGCGAGCUAACUGUGAGCAUUACGCGUAAGGCAGAAUUGCACCGGCCGCAGAUACCCGAAUUCCUUAUGAUUGCUGCCCCCUUAGGCAGGCACGAUUAAGUGUAAGCUGCUUGUGAUGAGAGACUAGUCUAUAGAGCCGGGAGAGGAAGAGGCGGGAAGAGACAACAUGGCCGCAGCACACAGUGGCCAGUUUGAGUUGGAGCUUGAGCUGCGUCCAACCGAGUCAUCGCAGGUCCCCGUCGGAAAUGCGCUGCUUUCGAUGGACGCAAGUGACGAUUUCGGCUCGUUUGGAGAGCAUGCGGGCAACAAACCGGCGGUGCCCAGGGGCGCCGAGGAGGUGGUUGCUUACUACGAGAAACAGCUUGCUGCCACGCAACUGGUUCAACACCGUCUCCAGCAACAAUACAACCAGCUGGCCGAGGAGAAGGCUUCUCUCGAGACGAGCCUGCAGGUGCAGACUGCAUCCCUACAGCGCCAGCUAGCUGUGGUGCACGGCAAGGCUGACUAUGCCUGCGCAGAGACGGAGCGUACGCACCAGCAGGCUCAGGCGGCCUGCGCUGCCGUGCAAGAGAUUAUCACCGCCGUGACGCAGAUGGCGGAAGUCCUGGACGACUCGGGCGCCAGCCAGGAGCUCACGCGCAGCUUUGAAGCGGUUGCAGAGUGCUGCCAAAACACCUUCCAGGCGGUCAGCGUCACGCAGGCCGGCCUGAUCGAGGUGCAGGAGCGGCAGCAGGAGGUGAAGGACGCGUGCGUCGUUUCGCCGCUGCUUGCAUCGGGCAGCGUGGCCGCUGGUUUGCCACAAGUCGCGGGAGCUCUCAAGGAGCUGGAGCAGGACGCAAUGAGGCUGCGCCAGGAGCUGGAGGAGACGCGGGAGCGCGAGCGCAUGCUGGAUGGGGAGCUGUCUGCGGCGCAGCACCUCUUUGCGCAGCUGGAGUCGGAGGUCGUCAGCCUGCAGCAGGAGCAGGCGCAGGCGACGGCCAAGCUGCAGGUGUCGCAAGACGAGCUGCUCAGCGCCCGCGCCGAGCUGGUGGCCGCCAAGCAGUACCUCAGCGGCGUGCAGUCGCCGGCUGCGGAGCACGUGUCGCAGGGCCUGUUCAAGCUGGACUCGCACCUCGACAGCCUCCGCAAGUUCCUGGAAGGCGUCACGCUACCGCCGCCGGCCCCUGCGCCAGCUGCAGCCACGGACGCUGGGAGCCCACGCCAGGAGCAGCAACCAUCAGCCCAAAAGCUAGGCGCGCGUUCAGCCGAAAGGCCUGCGUCAGCUUCUUCCAUAUCCAUCUUGCAAGCGGUCGCGGCAUCCCGGGCAACUACUGCGGGCGGGACGGCUGUCGAGGGUGAAGCGCAAGUGGUGCUGCUGACUGCCGAGCGCGAUGCAGCGCGUCACCAGCUAGAGCUCAUGAGCGCAAACCUGACGCUGCUCGAAAGCCGGUUUGAGGAAGCGCAGCAUGACCUCGACCGCGUGCAGCAGGCGUUGCUAGAGACCGCGAAGCAGCUAGAGGACGCCACCGCCGACAAGCACGCGCUGCUUGAGCGCAUUGCUGAGCUAGAGUCGUUGCCAGUUGGGGCGCGGGGUCUCGCAGGGGUGUCGGAAGAGCAGGAGGGCAGUGCUGCAGGUCAGCACCUGCGGUCACUUGCGCGACGCCGCUCAGGCGACUCCACCGCUGGCGGCAGCACGGCAGGCGAUCCCCUCAGCCCCACAGCGUCAGUGUCCAGCCGCGGCGGCUCUCGUCUACCGCGUGCACCUGCCGGACCGGAGGCUUCACCAAAGGGCUCCGGCGCAAGCGACACCCCGUCGCGCCGCAGUGAGGGCGGCUCCAUGGCUACUCCGUCUCGCAUUCCCAAGCUCGGCGCCGCCGCAGGCAGCGCAGUUGCCGCUGGCGCGGCCACAGCCGCCGGCGCUGCAACCAGCCCCAGCGCCGGCUCAGGCGCAACCGCUGCCGAGCUUGAGCAGCAGCUGCAGGACCUCUCCGCGCAGAUGGCUGACCUGCAGUGCCAGCUGCACCAGGAGCGGGAGAGCCACCUCGCAGCCGAUGCAGCUGCCAGUGCGCUGCAGGCGGACAAGGACGAGCUCGUCCAUCAGCUGCACGCAGAGCAGGAGGGCCACCUGGCGGCGGUGACGCGCGCCGACGCCCUGGAGGAGGAGAAGGAGCUGACCGCGCAGCUGCUGCACAAGCUGGGCAUGGAGCAGGUGGCGCUAGCGGAGCAGCUGCAGAACCUUGAGGCCAGCAAGGACGCGCUUGAGGCUGAGCGUGAGCAGCUACUGGCGCGGGCCGCUGAUCUGUCCAGCCGCCUGGGUGACGCUGUAGCGGAGCGCGACAUGCUGAUGCGGCGCGCCAGCGACCUGGCGGCCCAGGUCAGCUCGCUGGAUGCCCAGGUCAGCGCUCUGGAGAGCGAGCGUGAGGUGCUCCUGCAAUCCCGCGAGCGCGAGCUGGGGGUCGCUGCUGCUGCCGGGGCAGCCGGCGCAGCAGCAGCCGUGGUCGUCGCGCAUGAGGCCGCUGAGCAUCAGGACCCGGACUCGCCCACCUCGCAUGUGGCCAAGUCGCUUGCAGACCACAGCAUUCCCCGCCACACCAGCUUCGUCGCCAACGCGCUGUAUGAGGCGUCGGUCGAUGGUCGCGCUGAGGACGAGUCUCGUGCAGAGCUGGAGCAGCGGGUGUCGGAGUUGGAGGCCGAGCUGGCGGAAGCCAUUAAUGCCCGUGAGGUGGCCGUCCAACACGCAACGCGCCUUGAGUCUGAGCUUGUGAGGAUGGGCGAGCUGCUUGCGGAGGCGGCGAACGAGCGGGAGGGGGCGAUGCAGCAAGUGGAGCGCGUGAUGGAGGAGCGCACGGCCGCCGGCCAGCAGCACCUGGCCGAGGUCAGGUCGCUGGAGGGCCAGCUGCAGUCGGCCAACACCGCAGCAGCUGCCGCAACGGCAGCGGCAGCUGCUGCGGCAGCGGGCGCAGCAACGGCUGUGCUUGCCGCCAACGGCACGCCACCCAUUGCAAACAGCUCUCCCAUGCUGCCCGCUCGCGCCGGCAGCCUCAGCCGCAACAACAGCAGGCGCUCGCGCAGUGCGCGGGUAUCGAUCAGCCAGGCGCUGGACUCGGAGGAACGGGCGGAUCCAGAAUAUUCGGGCGGCCUGACUCCGGUGCGGCUCUCGGCACAGCCAGACAUGUCCUUCACGUCAGAUGCGCCGAUCUAUCCCACCCAGCAGUUUGCUGACUCCGGCUCGCCGGCCCGCCUAGAGCCCUUGGAGCCCCUGGACCAGCAAGGCAUCCACGGGGCCCCGUGCAGCGGCUCCCAGGCGCGCACUUUGCUUCGCCGCCGCAGCAGCAACGCCAUGCCCGGCACGCCGCGCGCCAACGAGCAGGAUACAUCCGCAGCUGAGGAGAUUGCGCAGCUGCAGGCUGCGGUGUGCAGCCUACUCGUGUCGAAGGCGAUGGCCUCCGCGCAGCUGCAGGCGGAGCACGAGGCGGAGAUGUCCAUGCUGCGCGCCGCGCACUCGGCCGAGCUGGCGCAGAUGCUCGAUGAGCACGACGCCGAGCUGGGUGAGUUGCGUGAUGCCCUGCACGAGGCCGGGCCCGCCCAGCCCAAGGACACCGUGUCCAUGGUGGAGGCGGCGCUGUACCCGGAGCGCGUGGCCCGCAGCGCCGGCGGCGACUCACAGGUGGAGUCUAAGCUUCUGCAGCAGAUUGCGGCGCUGGAGCAGCAGCUGACGGACCUGCAGGACGACCACGAGCGCAUCGCCGCCGACGGCGAGGCGCAGCUGUCGCUGCUGUGCGAACGCCACGCUGAGGAGCUGGAGGAGCUGCAGGCUCGCCACGGUGCGGAGGUGCAGGACCUGCAGCAGCACCUCGCGGAGCUACAGCACCAGGUGCAGUCCGCACAGCUGGAGGCCGCUGCCGCCAUGGCCGCCUCGGCGUCUGCUGCGAUGCUGCAAGCCGAGCUGGACCGCACAGGCGAGGCCCACGCUGCCGAAGUGGCGGCGCUGCAGCUGCAGGUUGGCGAGCUGCAAGAGCAGCUGGAAGCGGCCGCGGCGUCUCAGCAGGACGAGGUCGCGGCUUCGGUGCAGCCGCUGCAGCGUGCCGCUGACGGGCACGUUGUGGAGGUUGCGAUUCUGCAGCAGCGAGUCGCUGACUUGCAGGAGCAGCUGGAGGCGGCCCGGCAGCUUGAGCAGGAUAACGCCGCCUCCGCCGAGCUGCAGGCGGAACUGGAUGGGGUCCGGGAAGCGCACACAUCAGAGCUGCAGGCUCUGCAGCAGCAGCUCACCGACCUGCAAGGCCAGCUGGCGGACUCACAACUGCAGCAGCAGGUGAUAUCUGGCGAUCAUGCGGUCCAGCUGGCCGAGCUGCGUGAUGGCCACGCGGAGGCUCUGGCUGCGCUUGAGCAGCAGCUAACGGAUGCGCGCGAGCUCGCAGAUGAGCGUGCUGCGGGUGCCGCCGACCAGCAGGCAGAGCUCGACCGCCUAACAAUCGAGCAUGCCGCAGCUGUGGCAGCGCUUGAGCAGCAGGUCAGCGCCCUACAGCAGCAGUCGGAAUUGCAGCAGGAGGAGGCAACAGCGCUGCGUGUCCAGCAGGCCACAGACAAGCAGGCGAGCAGCGAGCUGCAGAAGAAGCUCGCCACUGCUGCGGCACAGGCCGCGGAGCUACAAGAACAGCUUGCCCAGCUGCAGGGCGAGAAGGAGCUGGAGGAGCAAAGCAUGCAGAGCCUGAUGCGGACUAAGGCGUGGAUGACGGAGGAGAUCCGGUCGCUGCAGGCGGAGGUCAAGGAGGCCCAGACCCAGCUCGCCGCCCGCGAAGCUGAGGUUGCCACCCUCAAGGCCGCUGCUGUUGCCACGGCGGUUCCGGCUGUUGUCAGUGCCAGCCGCGCCGCCCCGGGGCCUGCGACUGGAAGCGCACCAACGCCGCGGGCAGCCAAUGGUGCACCGACCAAGGCCUCCGCAGCGCCAGCACCAGCGGCAGCAGCUGACGAGGACGAGGAGCCCGUGACGCUGGCAAGCCUGGCGAAGCGCGCCGCGCGGCAGGCAGCAACACACCAGCAAGCGCAGCAGGCUGGCGGAGCCGGCAGGGGAACAGCAGCUCCGCUCCCUAAGCAGGCCAGUGCCGCAGCGGCCAAAGCGAAGCCAGCGGCAGCCGACUCACCACCAGCGAGCGAGAGCGCUGUGGUGACGGUGCUUCGUAAGAAGCUCAGCACCGCGGAGGCCAAGGUGGCCAUGCUUGUGGACCAGCUCGCGGACGCCACAAUGCAGGCGGCGCUGGCCGAGAUGCAGAUUGAGGGCGGGCAGGGCAGCCGCAGCACCAGCGCCGGCGCCGGCGCCGGUGCGGCCGUGUCUGAUACCACCAGCCAAGCCCCACGCACCAUGGAGCAGACGGACCUCAUGAUGGAGACCGUGGCGCUGCAUGGGGAGCUGGAUGAGGUCAAGGGCAAGCACCGGAAGCUACAGGAGACGUUUGACGUGCUUGCGGACGAGAUGGUGCACGCCGUGCUGCGUGCGGCGCUGGCUGAGACGCAGCUCGAGCAGGCGCGCCUGCGGUUGGUGGUGCCCGCUGAUGAGGAACGCUCAGGGGACGACGAGGACGACAGCAGCGUUGAUGAGCGCCCUGCACCGCGCGCUGCUCCACGCGCGGCUGUUACGCCCGCCGCAGAGGACGACGGUGACGUGACUCUGGCGACCCUCCUCAAGAAGGCGGUGGCUGGCCGGGUGGCUGCCCAGUCGGGCGCGGGCCAGUCGGCUGCAGCCAAGGGCUCUGCGCUUACCAAGAUGAAGGCGGCCGCGCUUACAGUGAUGGCCGUCAGCCCCAAAAAGGCCAGCAAGCCUCCAGCAGCGGCCAAGCGCGCUGCCAAGCAGGAAGUGCGUGCCGCAUCCCCGGAGCCGCGCCCGCAGCGUGAUCCCGCAGUGGAGAAGACCCUGCCGCCGCCGGACCACCUGGGCACCAAGGCGGUUUCGCCGCUGGAGCAGACGCGUCACUUGAAGAGCGAGCUGCAGGCCGUGGCUCGCGCGCUAGGAGAGCUCUUCAAUGAUGAUACACCGCAUGCUGGCGUGCCUUCCAGCAGCCGGCAGACGCUAUCUUCGCUGCGGCCUGCAGUUCUCACCGCGCUGCACAUUUCCGAGAACAUGGCUACAACGCUGCAGAAGCAGCAGCAGGGCUCGCCCGCCAAACCCGGCUUCGGCUCGAUUGCAGCUGAUGCCAGGGCCGGCCAUUCCGGCGGCGGUGCCGUGCACCCAGACCUAGAGCGUGCGCGCACGGCCUACCGCGACGCGCGCGAGGUCUACGACCUGCUGCGCUGUGAUGCGGAGGACCUUAACAGCCGCCUCUGGCGCUGGGGCGCAGGCCUCCGCUCCCAGGUCACGGCGCUGGAGAGGGAGGUCGCGCGCAUGCAGACCAGCGGCGUGCCUGACCCCGACGGGUCCUGGCAGAACGCCCUGUCGCAGCGUGACGCCUACAUCCACAGCACGGAGGAGGAGCUGGCGGAGCUGCAAGGCAGCUUGCAGGCCACGCACGAGCGCCUGCUGCGGCGCGACCUGCAGGUGGCCACUCUGCAGGACAUGCUGGUGCAGCUGUCUGAGCAGGUCGCCACGUUUGAGGGCGUGGUGGUCCGCUGCGAGAUGCUCAGCUCGGACCUGAUCACCAAGGCGGGGAUGGUGGGCGCCUCGGGUGCGUGAUAGCCAGCGCCAAGACUGUAGAACUGUACAGACAAACGGCAUCCUGUGAGCUGUAGACCAUGGGACCCAACUUCUAGACACUGUACAAUGCAUCUUGUGUGUGACGUGAACACAACUUCCCUUGAUACUGUCUUGUGUGAUUGCCAAAUAGUCUGUGACUUCAAUACGCCGAUGACGGGAAUAGUCUGCUAGACAGUGAUACACAUACGAUGGAACCUUAAUGUUCCCAUGCCUUGCGCCAUCUUGACGCCAGCUGACGGCAUGCCGUACUUGUGUUACUCAUUUUGGGGUGAGGGGCAGGCAGAUCUUGCGCUUAUGAUAGUAAUGGGAUGGUUGGCAAUUGCCCCCAUGGGCUACAGGGCGCGGGUGCCCACAUGUUGUCGUGUUAUAGAGCUGUUGCAAAUCGGGUACUGAUGCUGACCUGCGCCACGUAGCUGUUGCACAAUGCUGCUGUGAGAAAGGUCACGCACAUUCAAUGUCCCCACAUUGGAUGAGUUCUCCUUCGCCAACCAACCUGUAUCUACGA